CUUAAAUUUGCCGAUUAGAGCCUCGGCUGCCGAAUUAAUCUCUCAUUCCCCUUCAAAGCGUCGUGAACUACAGUUGAUUUAAAACGAAACGGAAAGUGAUUUCUAACAACGCGAAAAUAAAGUUAACCAAAUAAACCGAAUUUAAAUAAAAUAAAUAAAAGUGUUUUAAUUGUGAUUAAAUAUGAGAAUUCAAUUGUAAAAAUCUAGAGCCGCAAAGCUAAAUAACAAAUUGAGCCACAUGGCACUCGUUCCCUGGAGGAUUAUUUUGACAAUGCUUCUCAUUGGAACCUCAUGGAGUUAUACAUUACCCACGAUUCAGUUCUCGGCGGAUACCGAUGACCUUACCGAAAACUGCGGUGGUGAGAAUGGAGCUCCCCUGAUGACACCCUGCAAGAACUUCAUAAUUCUGAAUGCCCAGACAACUACUACACUGAAAUGCGAGGGCAACGAGACAAUGAGCUGGUGGACCAACCACCCGAGAGAAUCCAUAGGGGAAUACUUUGACAACACAGAGGAUUCAGAGCGACCCUAUGGCACCAGCCUAAAACUAUUCGAGCUGUCUGCCGAUGAUGUGGAUGCCUAUUUCUGCGUGAAGGAUUCCGAAUUUAGCCAGAUUGAUGAAGGCGAUAGGUCAGUAGACACGAUGGUCAAGCUUGUGAGGCAGGGCAAAGCUAGCUCCAUUUAUGUGUACGUGGACGACCCACAGAAUAAGCUGGUACCCGUUGAUAGUCAAGUCAUGGCUCUGCUGGACACCGAAGUGGUCAUACCCUGCAAACCAGCGAUGCCUGACACGGAGGUGGUGUUGCAGCACAAUAAUAAAGAUAUGCAUUCCAGCAAAUCUGUCGGUCGGUACAAUCCGCAACGGGGAUUCACCAUCGAAAUCCGCAGCAUCCUAGAUGGCGGCGAUUACUAUUGCUGGCCCAAUCCGCCCUACCCGCAUAACGAAGAGGAGUCAACCAGCAUAGAAGUGCACUUUUAUGAGCGCAAGCCACUACCGAUGCCCGUGAUCAAGACGUCUGUAGAACACCACGUUUUCGUGGAUACCAACUUCACUCUCGUGUGCGAACAAACCGCCUAUAUUAAAGCAAUGUACGUAAUAAAGUGGAUCACUCCGUCAAGCUUAAAGGAUCGCAUAAAAAUCUCCAACGCAGAAAUCGACCCAAAGUCUAGGAAUAACACCUAUCAGACAGGCAGGAGCACUUUGACGGUAUAUAACGCCCAACCCUCAGACACCGGUGUUUACAAGUGCGUGACCACAGACAAGAUACAACAUAAGGAACAUUGGACCACCUACAGGAUUAGAGUCUUAGGACAAGGCGAAAGCUACUUGAAUGUGAGCGAUCCCUUAGGUCAUUACAAUGUGCAGGAAUUCGCCAACCGCACGAUCCAGAUGACAGCCAACUACGAAGGCUUUUCCACGCCCACCUUCAGCUGGUUUAAGCCGGACGGAACGGAGGUCAGGCAGUCUGAGAGCAAUUUCAAUAUCCAGUCCACGGAGCAGAGCACAAUGCUUCAGGUGCUGAAUGCCCAUCUGCAGGACAGCGGUUCCUAUGUCCUUCGAGGUUCGAAUUCCUUCGGGGUCGUAGAUCGUGUGUACAACGUGAGUGUGAUUGAUGCCCCAGAACUGAGGAUGUCAGACGCCUACGUUCAGGUGGGAUCCGUGGCUCGAAUGGAGUGCACCGUCCGCGCCUAUCCACCGGCGAUUGUCACCUUCUUAUUCCGACCCUGCAAGCUGGUGCCCCACUGGCCUACCUGCUCCUCUUUCAACCAGGACUUUGGCCUGCCAAGUGAACAGGAAAAGUAUCAGUUCCAGUCCAAGCCGCGACCCGGGAAACUGAGUGUGGAAACCAUAUACGAAGUAGCUUUCCUGCCCACGGAGCCGGGAAUCCUGACCUGCGUAGCUCAGAAUCUGGUGGACGGAAAGGAACGAAGGACAAUGACCAAGGCGCACGUAUUGCUGGGCAACAUCUCCGAGAACAUGACCAUAUAUGGCUUUGAUAGGGAUCACAAGAUCGCCAAAGAAGACGAUGUGAAUUUCACCUGCGAGGCGCUGGCUUACCACUUCGAUGGAAAUCUUAAAUGGUUCAUUAAUGGCGAGGCUUUGGAGGAGUCCAAACAGGUUUCAAUCGAAACUAGCCAAACCGACUACUCCUACAAAAGCACUGUGCGUAUUACUUCUAUAUCCGACAAUGAUCGAGGAACAUACGAGUGCCGGGCCUACCGUAACGUGAGCCACUCUGUGUACAGCAGCAAAGAGAUUGCCUUACACGUCCACGAUCCCUUGGCACCUCAGUGGGUAAACGCCAACCAGAAUGGCAACUCAAAAGUCAAGCGAAAACUGAGCCAAACUCUGGAGCUGGAAUGCGCCUCCACGGCAGUUCCCUUGGCCACAGUGCGGUGGUUCAAAGACGACAAGGAGCUCACCGAAUCGAAACUCAGGCAUAUCAUAGAAAAGGAGUCCAAGCUACUCAUCACGCACCUCUAUCCCGGGGACGAAGGUGUCUAUAGGUGUGUGGUGGAGAACCGUUUGGACAAGAUCGAGAGAUCCUUUACGGUGGUUAUUUCAGAUCUGCCUGCUAUGAGCAUUGGAUGGGUGCUAUUCUGUAUUGUACUAUUCCUCGUCCUUAUUGGCAUAAGUCUCUUCCUUGCUGUUCGCUACCACAAGCUGCAUUCUAAGCUAAAAACUAACUUCCAGAAUGGUGAUGUGGACAACAUUGAUCCGAAUCUCAACGUGAAGGAGCAGGCUGAUCGUUUGCCCUAUAACUCGCGAUUCGAGUUUCCGAGGGAAAACUUAGAACUGGAAGGACAGCUAGGAGCUGGAUUCUUCGGUGUGGUUCUGAAGGGAAAGGCUAAGGACAUUCGAAAGGAGGAGCCCCUCACUACCGUUGCGGUUAAGAUGGUGAACCGAACGGCCGACGACGAUGUUGUGAAAGCACUAGUUUCCGAACUUAAGAUAAUGGUCCAUCUUGGCCAGCACCGGAAUGUGGUAAAUCUGUUGGGAGCCGUGACCAAAAAUGUAGAGCAACGCGACUUUUUGGUUAUAGUAGAAUAUUGUCAUUUUGGCAAUCUUCAGAACUUCCUUCGGCUAAACAGGAAUAGCUUUAUAAAUCAAAUCAGUCUAGAUACCGAUCGCAUCGAUCCGAAAAUAAUGACUCGGGCUAAUGACGGGUCAAUAAGCGAUUCAAAUGGUGCAGGCGGGAGCUCGGACAAUGGUACCCUUGAAAGAACACGAAUAGACAAUAAUAAUUUACCUAUACCCUCAAUACAAGCAGCAUCGGGUUCCAAUUUGGAAUCGGACACCAUGAAGGCGAAUACGGUGAGCACUAGUGACUUGGUCAGAUGGGCAUUCCAAGUGGCCUGCGGCAUGAAGUUCUUGUCCUUACGAAAUGUCUUGCACGGUGAUCUGGCUGCCAGGAAUAUUCUUCUUUGCGAGAACAAAGUCGUAAAAAUAUGCGACUUUGGUCUAUCUCGAUCGAUGUAUAGAGGGGCCUACAUGAGAACAGGAGCAUGCAAAUUGCCUAUCAAAUGGCUGGCCUUGGAGUCGAUAACUGAUAAUGUAUACAGCACAUACAGUGACGUUUGGUCCUAUGGAAUUCUCCUUUGGGAAUUGUUCUCGUUGGCUAUGGCUCCGUAUCCGGGAAUUGCAUCCAAUGAUGAGCUGUUUAAAAAACUGAACGAUGGAUACCGAAUGGAGAAGCCGCCAUAUGCUAACCAAGAGCUCUACGAGAUUAUGCUGGAAUGCUGGCGGAAGAAUCCUGAGAGCAGACCUUUGUUCGCUGAGCUGGAAACACGUUUUGCCGACAUGCUGGGCGAAGAUGAAGCCAAAUACUUGCUGGUUUUGAACGACCAGUAUGAGAAGAGCAACAUGGAGCACAUGAAUGACCAAACCACGGAUUAUCUAGCGAUGAUGGGACAGAACUGUUAUUCCAUUCCUGAUUUUAAUGCCCCAACGCCAAGACAGUUAAGUAACAAUCCCAGUAACCUAAACGAGAAGAACGCCAUGCCUAAAAUGGAUCCAACGGAUAAGGCUUCGGAAGAGAUACACAUGGUGCACCUCCGUUCCACAACAACUGAUUGUGGGCCUAGAGCACCGACAGCAGCCUUCUCAAAUCCCAUCUACCAUACAACUACUCAUGAGAAGUAAAGGUAUUAGAAGGUCCUGCAGCCAUUAUCUUAAGACUAAGACCCCCAAACAGGCUAGGUGGAAUAUGUCCUUUUAAAACAAUAAUAUGUAGUGGCAUUGUCAUAAUUCUGAUAUAGAUUUAGAACCACACACUUACUCCACGUUAUAUACAAUGAUGUUUCAAUUAUAAAUAGUCGAUUACACUUAUCUAUAUAAAUAAUUGUCUUCUAUUAUGUAUAUACUAUACUGUACUAUA